AUGGCUAACGAACAGUUGAAGGUGCUUAAUGCACUUGAUGUUGCCAAAACACAAUUGUAUCAUUUCACAGCAAUUGUGAUUGCAGGAAUGGGAUUUUUCACUGAUUCCUAUGAUCUCUUCUGCAUUUCCCUUGUCACGAAAUUACUCGGCCGUGUUUAUUACUACGAAGGCGGUAAAAAUCCAGGUUCUCUGCCACAAAAUGUUUCUGCUGCAAUCAAUGGUGUUGCCUUCUGUGGAACACUAGCAGGACAACUUUUCUUUGGUUGGCUUGGUGACAAAAUGGGAAGAAAACGUGUUUAUGGAAUGACCCUUAUGCUCAUGGUGAUAUCUUCACUUGCUUCUGGUCUAUCUUUUAGUAAAGAUCCCAAAACUGUUGUAGCUACUCUUUGUUUCUUCAGGUUUUGGCUUGGAUUCGGAAUUGGUGGCGAUUACCCUCUUUCAGCUACAAUUAUGUCCGAGUAUGCAAAUAAAAAGACUCGUGGCGCUUUUAUAGCGGCUGUUUUUGCUAUGCAAGGUUUCGGAAUUUUGUCUGCUGGCGCGGUUGCAAUUAUAGUUUCGUCUAUUUUUAAAGCUUUGUAUCCUGCACCGGCGUUUCAAGUUAAUCCGGUUUUGUCCACGGUUUCACAAGCAGAUUAUGUUUGGAGGAUAAUCUUAAUGUUCGGUGCAAUUCCAGCAUCGCUUACAUACUAUUGGAGGAUCAAAAUGCCCGAAACUGCGAGAUACACUGCCUUGGUUGCCAAGAAUACUAAACAAGCUACUGAAGAUAUGUCGAAAAUUUUGCAAGUUGAGAUUGAAGCUGAACAGGAAAAUGUUCAGCAAUUGGAUCAAACACAAGGAGGGAAUAAUGAGAAUGAUUUUGGUUUGUUUACAAAAAGGUUUCUUCGCCGUCACGGACUUCAUUUGCUUGGAACUGCCAUCACUUGGUUCUUGUUAGAUAUUGCUUAUUAUAGUCAGAAUCUUUUUCAGAAAGAUAUUUUUAGUGCAAUUGGAUGGAUACCAGAAGCUAAAACCAUGAGUGCCAUUGAAGAGGUUUAUAAAAUUGCUAGAGCACAAACUCUAAUAGCACUUUGCAGCACUGUUCCUGGUUAUUGGUUCACGGUGGCGCUAAUUGAUAGAAUCGGAAGGUUUACAAUUCAGUUGAUGGGAUUUUUCUUCAUGACUGUGUUCAUGUUUGCAUUGGCUAUUCCAUAUCAUCAUUGGACAAUGAAUGGAAACCAAAUUGGAUUUGUUGUCAUGUAUUCCUUAACAUUCUUCUUUGCAAAUUUCGGUCCAAAUGCAACGACUUUUGUGGUUCCAGCCGAGAUUUUCCCGGCAAGGUUAAGGUCAACAUGUCAUGGAAUAUCAGCUGCUGCUGGAAAAGCUGGUGCAAUGGUAGGUGCUUUUGGUUUCUUAUAUGCUCAAAAUGCUAUUGGAGUGAGAAAUGUGCUUCUGCUUUUGGGUGUGGCUAAUUUCUUGGGGAUGAUGUUUACAUUCUUGGUGCCUGAAACUAAAGGAAAAUCUUUGGAAGAGAUUUCUGGUGAAGCUGAUGAAAAAACAACUACUAAUAGAGAAUCUGCAUUGGAGGCUGGUCUUCAAGUUUAGGAACUUUUCUGCUUAAUUUAGUUGUUAAUUACUUAGUUUUCUGCUUAAUUUUCCAGUUUUCAAUUUUAGUCCCUUUGUUUUUAGAAAAUUAGCUCAAGAACUUGAUUCUAUCAUAUU